CAAUGGCGGACUGGGGAUUCGCCACCACGGCAUUUCUAUCCAAAUUUUUCCAUGUAACUAUGUAAAGCCACACUAAUCCGUACAAUCGGUUACAGUUUGUCAGAUUAUACUCUAUUAUGGUUACAUGAUUUAGAUCUUGUACGAAAAUUAUAGUACGCUAAGGUUAGUGUGUUCACGCAACCUGUUCAUUGCUUGUGCAGUCGUCGAUUGCUGUGUGGGACUUGCAGUCUCAGUCUACACUUGCGCCACUCAAUCAUUGGUCAAAGUCGUACAAUAUGGCCUCCACGCCUGUGAAUUUUAGCACAGAAGAUGUCAUCGACAAAUGCAGUGUUAAUAUUCAGGAUUUUAUGCGAGAAAAGAUCGCCGAGAUACUUCAGUAUGAAGGACUAAACGCGCUGGAACGAUUACGAGAUGAUGCCUUGAGAGCUAUCACCCCAAAUGAGCCUCAUCCGUAUGAGUUCUUUUUAUCACAGCAGCAAAAAUUCCUUGAUAGGUGCACCGAGUUACUGCAACGGGUCAGGCCAGCGCUCCACCGCGCGGUCGACGAGCUGAUAGAUGGAUUGGAACAUGACGUUUCUAUCAUCGAUGCAUCAAAUCAGCUCGUAUCACCUGUUAUGCUAGCGGGCUCAAAGAAUCAUGUCAGCAGCCCAGGUGUGGUCAAUCGUCAUCCAUCCUCGCAACCAAGAGCUCCAGUUGCUGAUAUGGAUGUUGAUGUUUUCGCUUUGCCGGAACGGUCAAGAUCAGUCACUCUCGCAGCAUCCAAUCCUUCAAAUUCACAGCGCCCUACUAUUACUUCUCCACGGGUCACUCACGAGCCGAAGACUUCGGAGGACAACCGACAACAUACGCCACCAACGUCUCCUCAAAACAAGCGUGCAGCACUGAGUAUCAGUUUAACGACUCCGACAAAGCGCGCCAAGAUGAACGCUAGCACUCCAUCCAAGGCCGUGGCUCUACCGUCGGGAUGUUCUUCAUCGUCAAGGAACAAGAAGUCGGCUCUUGCGAAGAGAUAUCGCAAUCCGGAUGACGAUGAAUAUGAGGCCUCUCAACACGACGAAGACCUUCCGCCUCUGAAAGAACUCGGUCGCCGUACGACCCGCGAAAAGAACCCCCCUGUCUAUAGAGACCUGCCAAUCGGUGAUGAUGAGUUCUUGGAUAGCUCACUACGAUCAUAAUGUUGGUAUGCGGAUUUGCCUGGUAAAACAUGGUCUUUCGAACU